UCCUCUACGGAAGCGUUGCAGUCAGAGUCGGAUUAGAGAGAGCGCCACCCUGCCUUGAUUUCCGUCGCCGAGCCCGUGUGUGUCUUGUUUCUUUUCGAGGAGCCUCUUUCUGGAAAUAAGUGGCGCGCCGGGUCGGCGGCUGGGCGUUGAUCGUAUAUGAUGUGGAAGCAGAUCAGCUGCCCCAUACUAGCGACUUGUAGGACAUCAGCAGGCUCCAGUAGCAUCAAAAUUUUCACUGCUGGCUUCAAGAAGUAUGCACUACCCCCAGAUUAUACUGGCAUUACUAUUCCUGAAAAAGCCAAACUAAAGUUCGUAGAGAGAAUGCCAAGUGUACCCAAAGUUAGGCGUGAGUUCAAGAAUUUACGUGAUAUCCGUGGUCCACCUAGAGAACCCGUAGAAUUCACUGAGGGACAGUAUGGUAUUCUGGCUAUGGGUGGUGGUUACCUUCGCUGGGGUCACUUUGAAAUGAUACGCUUGACUAUCAACCGCAACAUCAAUCCCAAGACCACGUUUGCUGUUUGGAGGCUGCCUGCCCCUUACAAGCCCAUCACCCGCAAAGGGCUGGGACAGCGGAUGGGCGGGGGUAAAGGUGCAAUAGACCAUUAUGUGACAGCGGUGCAGGCGGGCCGUCUCAUAGUAGAAGUGGGUGGAUAUGUUGAAUUUGGUGAGGUAGAGCACUUUCUAACUCAAGCGGCCAAAAAGCUACCUUUCCCAGCCAUAGCAGUUAGCCGGCAGUCCUUGCAGGAGAUGCGAGAUAAGGAAGAAGAGAGGAGGCAGAACAACCAGAAUCCAUGGACUUUUGAACGCAUUAUCACAUCCAACAUGCUAGGGAUAAGGAAAUAUCUGAGCCCCUAUGAUUUGCAACUAAAGGGCCGCUACUGGGGAAAGUUCUUUCUACCAGAUAGAGUGUAAAAAAGUAGAAUUGAAUGAGGGGGUCUUUUACCGUGAUAACAUCUGGUGGGCUAGUUAAUCAAAGAAAGCUGAAGGUUUUUAUGUGUUAAGCAAAAGGCUCCCUUGGAAAACAAAUGCUGUACAAAUCAGGAAAUUAUGUUGGGUUAUUCUAAUAGACUUUGGGUGAAUAAAUCUUUCCUAGCAUGGAUGCCAGUUUUAGUGUUUAAUCCAAGACCAUGUGAAUGCAUACCAGAAGUGGUGAUUUGCAGUGCAUACAGAAUUCUGGACAACCUAGAAGAAUUACAAUUGAAAUGGAAUACUCAGACAUGGCGUUAUGUGCCAUACCGCUGUAAAAACAGGCUUUACUUGUUCUUAGUGUAUUGUUACCCUUUUUAAUGCAACAUUGGAGUGGUGGAGUGUAGCAUUCGUCAAUAUAUUAUAACAAAUUUAUUUGUGCUGGCACAGAUUUUAAAUCUGCUGACAGCCCAGCUGAUAGUCCGCUGUCUGAACUGCAGUAAGUUGCAAAUUACAAGAGACUAAAAAGGGUAACCUACAUUGGAUUGUUUUAUCUUUCUGGAAUCCAGAUACAAGAUCAGCAGAAUUAAAACUUGUUUUUUUCUGAAAA